CACAACAGAAGGACCUCUCACAAUGUAUGAUCCAUUCGACCAAACCAUAGAAACUGGAAGGUCAUUGUCAGAGAUUGUAAUGGUGAGACCUUGAAUUUCAUCAGUUUAGAAACCAAAGACAUUUCAGUGGCCCAUAUUAUAUGCCCAUACGGCCCAGCCCAUUAAGAAACAAUUGGAGCAAUCGGAGAAAAAAGAGCCAGAGAUAAGCUAAAAGGUCUACGAUAGUUCCAUCGGACAUCGGCGGCGACAUGACUUCUUCGGCGGCGAUCAGAUCUGACAUCUACGACAGAGAAGAACGCAAGCAGCAAUACCAAGCACAUAUUCGUGGCCUGAAUGCUUACGAGCGGCAUAAGAAGUUCUUGAAAGACUACGUUCGAUUUUAUGGGAAGGAUAAGCCUGCAGAAGUUAAGUUACCGGUUAAAACUGAUCAGGACACACUACGAGAAGGAUACAGGUUUAUACGUUCUGAAGAAGAUGAUUUGGAUCCUUCUUGGGAGCAAAGACUGGUGAAACGAUACUAUGAUAAGCUUUUUAAAGAAUACUGUAUAGCUGACAUGUCAAGGUACAAGACUGGUAAGAUGGGUUUAAGAUGGAGAACAGAAAAGGAAGUAAUGACUGGGAAAGGGCAGUUUAUGUGUGGGAGCAAACAUUGUGAUGAAAAGGAAGGGUUAGCAAGCUAUGAGGUGAAUUUUUCUUAUCAUGAAGCUGGAGAAGAUAAACAAGCUCUUGUAAAACUCGUAGCUUGUGAGAGAUGUGCUGAGAAGUUAUACUACAAAAAAAGAAAGGAGGGUGAAAGAUCAGAGAGUAAAGAAAAGAAAAAACAGAAACGAAAACGGAGUAAAUCACACAGUGAAGAUGACACAGACGAAGAGGAGAAAAGAAAAGAGGGUGAAAGAUCAGAGAGUAAUGAAAAGAAAAAACAGAAACGAAAUCGGAGUCAAUCUCACAGUGAAUAUGACACUGACGAAGAGGAUAGGAGAAAAGGGAAAACAAGAAAGUCCAAGUUGGAAAGUGCUGAUAGAGAAGGCAAGGAUGAUGAAAACUUCGAUGAAUACAUGGAGGGGAUGUUCCCGGGUAAUGGGUGAUAUUCGAGACUUUCAAGUUUCAAAAGGUGACCAUCUACAUCGCAAGAAUAUCUUUUAUAUCAUAGGCUAGAUUGAGUUUGAACCCUGAAAUGUAAACACUUACAUAGCCCCUUAUUCACUGAAAGAAAUUGAAUUUUAAUAUCGAGACCAUAACAUCAAAUACUUUUAUUAUCUCGAGUUUGGUGUUGAUACCUAAGUAUACACAACAAUAGGACUUCUCACAUUGUGUGAACCAUCCGACCAAAUCAGAGAUGCCGACACAAUAUUAGAAAUACCCGCAAGACUCUUUCCAGAGACUGUAACGGUGAAAGACUUCUUCUCCCCUGGCGCCUUGAAAGAGAGUGUAGCUGGCUCAACCUUGAUGCUGAGUUUGGGAUUCCCAGACAAUUUUGCCUUGUAAGUGGAUCCCUUUUCCCCAACGUUGGUGACUGUUCUUGAAAAAGUGAUAUCUGAAGACGAUGAAGCUGACACUUUGGCUGACAUUGAAGGGUAGUUUAGAUUUCUCAUAGUAAGCUUUGAUUGUUCAGAACAAGUAAAGGUUCCACCCGCAAUGGUACUAAUUCCUUGAGAAGAGUAGUCCAAAGAGCAAAGCAUGUUCAAGUAAUCCUCUUUGGCUAUUUCGUAAACAAGCCCUGGAUCAACUGCCACUGUAGGGUUAACAAAUCCUGAUCCGUAUGCAAACUCAGCUUCUGCAUUUUUCGAAGCGUUCAUUGCCCAAGCUGCAUUAAAAACAAAAAGGAUUGAUUCGGAUCUCACUUAACUUAAACUCUUUCUUCAGAGAAUAGUUCGAUUUGAUGUUGAUAAUUACCGGUAGUCAUGAUAGCAGAUUUGAUGGCAGAAGCAGACCAAUCAGGACGUAGUGUCUUGACAUAAGCAGCUACACCUGCGACAUGAGGGCAAGCCAUAGAUGUUCCCGUCAUGAAAUAGUAAUCCACGCUUUGUCCAGGAACGCGGUUUGAGCCAGUGGUGAAUAUGCUGCUAAUAUAUUGACUCCUGGGCUGUUAUAUCAGGCUACAUAUAUAUACAUCUCAAGACAUCAGUCAAUCCAAGUACCAACAAAUAUAAGU